AUGAAUCCAGAGGCAGAGAAAGAAUAUUCAACCUUAACUGCUUUUGUUCCACCUGAAUCAAUCUCAAAACCAACAUUUGAUUCAAUCAGAAUGAAUAUAAGUGGUACUGAUUUAAAAUUUGAUUUAACUUUUACAAUACCUGCUAAAUAUCCGGAAACUCCAUUGAGUAUCGAUGUGCAGUUAGAUCCAUCCUAUAGAGAUAAGUCAAAAUCAAAAAGUAUUUUGGAUUAUUUGAAUAAAAAGAAUCAAGAACUUGUUGGCUUUAAUUCCAUCAUUCCUUUAUACUUCGAAGCCAAGAAUGUUGCGUCUUCCAGUUCAAGUUUAGUCUCAAACAAACAAGCCAUUACUUUUAAUUCAACACCGAGAAAAUCACCUUUAUUAAUAAAUUCAGUCACUGAAACAGCAGUUCCAAAGAACAUUAAUGUACCUCUUUUAGUCUAUUUAUUCCAUACCGCAGUGACUCGUCAAAGUGAUGACAGCGAAAAGGACUUUAACAGGACAUUAUCAACUCUCAAGCAGCUUGGUCUUAUUAGCAAUGUUAAGAUAGAUACACUUCUCCAAGAAAUGAAGCCUUUAAAUGAAAAUCCGGUUUUGCAAGAUUUUUUACAGAUAAAAACAAGCCCGAACAUGGUCGAAAGAAUCAAAAACCUCAAAGACUCACGUAUACUACAAGACUUCGUCAAAAUUAAUAACCUUGGCAAAGGAGGAUACGGAUCUGUCAUUGAAGCACGAAAAAAAGCCGAUGACGACAGACAUUAUGCAGUAAAAUGCAUUCCUCUUGCUUCCCUUGCCGAAGUUAAGGAAAUGAAACGCGAAGUUGCCUUUCUUUCGAAAUUUCAACAUCGAUAUAUCGUAAAUUUCUAUUCUUCAUGGGUCGAAAGCGUUACAGAAGAUGCAGCAAAAGAAAUAAAGAAGACAUUCGACCUCGCUGAUGAGGAAGAAGAAGAAACAGACGAUUCAGGCGAUACAACAACAGUUUCUCGGUCCAGAUCGUUUAAUACUACUCCCAGAUCCCCCAGAAGUGUCAGGAGAAAUGAUGAUUCUGGUUCUACGACCUCUAUUACCGGUGAAAUUGUUGAAAAAAUUAAUGAAUUAAUGAACAACCACGCAGAUUUCAGUAGCGAUAGCGAAACCCAACAAACUGAUAAAUUCCAUACCUUUAUCAAGUCAGACAAUGAAUCCGAUUCGAAAUCCGAGUAUGAAGAAGAAGAUAUUCCGAUUGAAGACGCUUCCAACUCAUCAAACGAUGGAGAAGCUGGUUUAAUUGGCUCCAGUCCUCCCAACGCCGACAACCAACAGAUCCAGAUGAUUUUUGAUCAUUCAACCGACUUAAACGAUGAAAAAGAGAAGGAAGAAGAAGAGGAGGAGGAAGAGGAAACUAUAUACAUGGAAGAGGACCUUCCAGAUGACUUCUUUGAACAAGGGGACGAUUCCGAUUUUUGCAAUGGCGCAAUAGACGAACAAGAAGAGCCUCCUUUGAUAGAUUUGCUUACAGACAGUCCAUGCGCGCGUUCUAAAUCGGAUUCUUCCGGUAGAAUCCUGCUUCCAAAAACAUUUCCUUCAUUAUCCGAUUCGAAAUCUAAGAAAUCCAAGAAAUCGAAGAAGCAGCACUUCCUAUUCAUCCAAAUGGAGCUCUGUUCCCAAUCUACGCUCAAAGAUCUGAUGAGCGACAAAUCAUUUUUCGAAACUGCUCCGAAACUCGAAGAAUCGAAGCAAUGGCGCAUUUGUCGUGAAAUCCUUGAAGCCUUGAGCUACAUCCACCAGAGCAAAGUCAUCCACAGAGACUUAAAACCACAAAAUAUUUUCAUUGACGAUAAAAACGAUGUAAAACUUGGAGAUUUCGGAUUAUCUCGGUUAAUUGAAGCCAAGAAAAGUCUGAAACUCGGUGAUGUCGAUGAACUGGCCAAGGAAGCAACAGGAACAGCACAAGGAUCAUUCCCGUACACAGCUCCCGAAAUAACAAAAGGUAAAAAAUACGAUAAGAAAAGUGACAUGUAUUCAUUUGGCAUAAUUUUCUUUGAAAUAUGGUGUUAUUUCCCUACACAAAUGGAGCGCCGUAAAAUCCUGUUUGACCUCAUCGACAACAAGCAGUUUCCUCCACAAAUGAUGACAGAUGACUUCAAAUUACAAAGAGAAAUAAUUUUGAAUCUUUUGGAUGAACCAGAAAAAAGACAAACAUGCGAACAACUGUUGGAGAAAAUGCCGUUGUAUGAUAUAAGUAAUGAAGAUGUAACUGAAAUGGUUAGGGCGAUAACAUCAAAUGAUUUAGGUCAAAAUCCAAAUCUAAAUAGAAUGAUGAUGAUGUUUUUCCCUAAACAAAAAAGUGACGAAUUCAAAACCACUUUUUCUCAACAAAUUGGAUUGGAUUUACAGAAAUCGGAGCGAUUCGCACAAGCUAUAGAUCAGAUACAUGAACUUGCUGAUAUCUACGGCUCACAAAUGAUUGCUCCUCCUAUUGUUGAAAAUUUGACAGCAGAUUUCGAUGACGAAGUCCAAGUUUUGACUGAUUCCGGUUGUCUUUUAAGUCUUAGAACGAAUCUAUGGCGAUAUUUAAGUAAAUACGCCAUUUGCUCUUUGAAAGACAACGAAAAAGAAACUGAAGAAAAAAGAGUUUAUCAAGUUUCUCACGUUGUCAAACAAAUUGACAAAAUAUUUAAUGAAGACAUCUUUGUUAUUUAUAAUGUCAUCUUCCAGAACUCAAAACAAGAAACACUUUAUCUUUUGGAGUGUUUGAAUUUCAUCGCUGAUUUAGUUGAAAAAAUUUGUCCGUCAAAAGUUGAAAAAGGAUGUAUUUUGCAUUCUAAAAUCAUUGUUUCCAAUACAUGGAUUGCCAGAUUCAAAGCGGACAAUAAAUGGAAACAAGUCGUGGAUUAUAUCACCACGAAAAACGAAGAAUUAAUUAAAUCGGCUCCAGUCAUUUCUUCCAUGAAAAAUUUCAAACCUGAAUAUUCCGAAAUGGAAGAUACAGUUGAAAACACAACUUUGGAGUUUAUGUCGGCAAUAGAAGCAUUGAAAAUCGUUGAAACAGUUGAAUUCGAUCUCCUCGAUGAAGCAGUAAUUAAAGGUAAUGAUUUGAACGCAAGGUUAUUGAUUGAUGACCAAGAAGUUUGUUCUGUUGGAGAUUUCUGUUCUAAAAUAAUUUCUGAUCUGAAAAAAUACGAACAGAAUCUUCAGAAAGAAGUAAACGUUGUAUCAAUGAUUACUUCGAUGCCUAACUUAGUGAGAAUCUCUGAUCAAAUGGAAGUUACAGGAAAAAUAAUGAUUGUUCCCGCUUAUGGAGAUAUCGAGAGUUCUCCAGAAAAAUGGGGAGAACCAUCGAAUUUCAAUUGGUUGAAAUAUUACAGUGAAGAAACGAAGUUGGCAAGUAAAUUACGAGACUCUGGUUUUGUUGUAGGUAUUGCAGACAAGAACUGUAUUUCAAUGAGUCAAAUGAUUGAAAGAGCUUCAUCAGAAGGAUUUGAUUUCUUCGUUGUUCUGGAGUUUAAGAAGAAAGCGAAUUGUUCAUGGAUUUCUAAAAUCAUUCUUAAGAAUAACGAAGAGUUCAAAUCAGAAACAAGAGAGAAAAUAGAGAAAGUAAUCAAAGAAGAAUGGACUGAUAUGACUUUUAAGUAUUUCUCUCUUCAAAGAUAA